UACCCUGUAUUAUGCGAGCUUACAGACAGUGCCUGCUUAACCUGAACAAAGAAAUUAUAGUAUCAAGUCUUUCUUCCUGAGCGUUCGCGUAAUGUGCAGUAUAACGCUUUGAAUAAUGGAGACGUUUGGAGCGCUGCAUGUUCUUGUAAAGCUUGAAGGCGUGGCGUCAGGGCUGGCGCUCAACGACGUGCAGCUGGACGGCAAGAAGCGCGUUUUGACUGCUGCAGCGUCUCAACAUGGCGGGGAGCAUCGUGUUGAGCUCACACCACAUGGGGACCGCUCCAAGGAGGUGGUGGUGGCGGCAGCGCGCCUGGCAUCGGUGAAGCGCGUGUGGUUCUCGGUGAAGCUGCUUCUGCGGACGGACGCGCCGCCGCCGCCGCCACCGUCGCAGCAGCACCAGGCGUCGGACCCAGCUGGCGAGCCCUCCGGGCCCCGCACCACCACCGCCACCGCCGUCACCACAGCCGCAAAGCUGCAGGACAGCGCUGCACACGCAGCAGCUACUGCCGAAGCCGCUGCUACCCAGGCACUGCUACAGCCGGUGCUGCAGCUACUGCCGCCGGGGCUGGCCUUGCUGGAGCUGCGCCUGGCGCUGCCGCGCAGCCUGUGGGGCGUCGACUCCCACCACGCCCCCGGCUGGCUACUGCGGGAUAAGGCCGCGGCGCUUAAGCUGCUGGGCGCGAUACUGCCACUGGAGCAGCGGCGGCGGCGGCGGCGACGGCGGCGGGGCGCUGCAGCUGCAGGUCGCAAGGGCGUGACGGAGGCGGAGGCAGAGGGGCAGAAGGGAAGGGAGGGGCAAGAGGGGCAGGAGCGGGAUGGCGCCGUGGCGGCGGCGGCGGAGGAGGACUUGGAGGAGGAGGUGGAGGAGGAGGACGACGUAGAGGAGGAGGACGAGGAGGGGCCGCUGUGCAGUGUUGCCGGCUUGAGGCAGGCAGUGAGGGACUUGCUGGAGGAGCAGCCAGAGGGCGGAGACCGAGACAAGUACAGCCUCAUCUCCUGCUUCCGCGAGCUGCCCAGCAUCACAGCAGCCUCCGCCGCGGCGGCCUCCGCGGCAGCGGCCUCCGCGGCGGCGGCUGAGGCGGCGGCAGAAGCCCAGGCGCGGCGGGCGCCAGCGGCACCAGCUCCCGCCCUGGCCCUGGCCCAGGGCCCAGCAACAGCCUCCGACCCGUCCCCUGGGGACGCCCACGAAAGCCCCUGUGACGAGCCCCGGGUAGAUGGCCGCGACCCGCGCCUGCUGCUGGCGCUGCCGCCCGACCUGCUGACGGGCUGUGUGCUGAACCGGCUGGCGCCGCUGGACCUGGCGCGGCUGCGGGCGGUGUGUGGGGCGCUGGCGGGCGCGGCGGAGGAGGCGGUGCCGGGCGUGCGGCUGACGCUGUUCCCGCACCAGCGAGCCGCCAUCGCCUGGAUGCUCUCCCGCGAGCGCGGCCCCGCCGCCCGCCGCCGCCGCCAGCUUCGCCGCCACCAGCUACGCCGCCGGUGCGCCGCCACGGAAGCUGCGGCCGAUGCGCUGCUGGAUGAAUUCGACACAGACGGCGUCACCGCGGAUGAGGCAGACGGCGACGGCGACGCCGACGUCAACCCCACGUUGCUUCGCCUGGUCAGCCGCCCGGGGGGCUGGGUGCUGUGGGCGGACGUGCACAGCGGGCAGCUGCACACGGCGGCGCCCGCCCCCGUGCCGCCGGUGCGGGGCGGCUUCUUCUGCGAUGAGCCGGGCCUGGGCAAGACCGUGACUGCGCUGUCGCUGGUACUCAAAACCCUAGGACAGCUGCCCACGCCGCCGCCGGGCGCCGCGGUGGAGUGGGUGCGCAGCCGCGAGGGCCGGCGGGUGGGCUUCUACACACUUCCGCCCGGGGCAGAGCUGGCGGUCGUCGGCGCGGCAGCGGCGGCGGCAGCGGUGCAUGGGCCCGCGGCGUUUGGUGGGGCGGGCAGCGGCGGUGCGGCUACACCAGGCGCGGCUUCGCCGCGGAUGGACGGGUGUGGAGAUGUAGAGCUCAAGCCGGAGCCGGAGGCAGCUGCGCGGCCUGUGCCAGAGCUGGAGCACAUCGCGGGCGCUGCAGCGCACCCGCAGGCGCCCUCGGACCCGCCGCAGCAGCUGCCGCCGCAGCUGCAACCAGUCAAGCUUGAGGAGCAGCCUCAGGCGCCGGCGGCAGCCGGCGCGGCGGUAGUAGCGGGGGGCAAGCAGGAGAAUGGGCUAGAUGCAGGAUGGGCGCGGCGUCUCGUCAACGGCACAGCGCCAUGGCUGGGGAUGCUGGAGGCAGGAGAGGAUGGCACGGCAGCGGGGACGGGAGCGGCGGCGAGGCGUGGCACCGCCGGCGUGCCGUCUGUGGCCGAGGGAGAUGCCAUUGGUGCAUCCUCAGCUCUGGGCUCAAAGACAGCAGAGCAGGGGAGUGAAGGGGGUGGCAGCAGCCGGGCGGAAGCGGCAGUGGCGGCGGCGGCGGAGGCUGGGCACGCCCUGCACUGCGCUGGUGGUGCCGUCAAUGGAGGCGUGCUACAGCCGGGUGGGAUGCAGCAGCACCAGCACCAGCAGCAGCAGCAGCAGCAGCAGCAGCAACAACAGCAGCAGCCGGCGCAGCAGCAGCAGCUACAGCCGGCGGGUGUGGAGCCAACGGCGGCGGGGGCGGCGCCACCGCGCAAGCGACUGCGCUUUGCUGAUGAGGAGCAGGAGGAGGCUGGUGUACGGGGCCGCGCAGCGGCAGUAGCAGCCGCGGUGGCAGUGGCGGCAGUAGCGCCUCCGCAAGCGGCGGCAGCCUCCCCCACGCGGCGGAUGCAGCGGCGCGUGCUUGCAGGGGCCGCGGCGCCAGCUGCAUCGGUUGGAGCCGCACGGGCGGACGAUGCGGAGGCGGUGGCGGCGGGCUCGGUGCAGGGUGUGGGCCUGGGCGGUUGGUCUGCGGGCCGCGGAGGCCGGGGGGCCGGGGGGCGGAGUGGUGCGGCGGGGUGCAAGACGCCGCCACAGCAGCAGAAGCGUCGCCGGCGACGGCGUGGCCAGUCUUCGGAUGAAGACACGCCGCUUGAUUCCCCGAGCACUAGCGAUAACGACAGCGAUGAUGCGGAUGAUGGCACGACGUCGGAUGAUUUCGACCACAGCAGCGACAGCGACUUUGAUGUUGGCGGUUCCGCGCGCAAGCGCGGCGCCGGUUCCAAGCGGGGCUCAGCAGGAGUAGCAGCAGCGGCGGCGGCGGCGGCGUCGCCGCGCGGGCGGGGUCGCGGCAGAGGCGGCGGCAGGGGCGCUGGCGGCGGCGCUGCCCGCAGCGGUUCCAGAUCUGCCGGGAGAGGCACGGGCCGCAAGCGCCGGCGCAGCAGCAGCGCCGACGCGGACGAGGGCCCUGGCGGCGGUGGCGACGGCGACGGCGGGGUGGGGCCCGGGGAGCCGGGCAGUGGCGGCAUCAGCUCGGAGGGCGAGGAGGCGCUGUAUGUGCAAUGCGAGCAGUGCCGCGCCUGGCGCAGGCUGCCUGAUGGCAACACGGUGUCGGCUGCGGCGGCCUGGUUCUGCCACAUGCACCCACUGCCGCACCUGGCGUCCUGCGCCGCCCGGCGGGAGGGCUUCCGGCCCGGCGCGCAGUUUAACAACGCGCCCGGAUACGUGCGCAAGGGUGAGGAGGUGCCGCUCGGCGGCCGACCCGACAACGUCGCCUUCUUCGCCGCCACCCUGCCCGCCGCCACCGCCGCCGCCUGCGCCGCCGCCGCACAGCGCGGCGCGCUGCAGCCCGACUUCCGGCCCGUGCUGCGCUGGCUAGCAGCCCUGCCGCCCGCCGCGCUGGACGCCGCCGGCCCCGGCGCGGCGCUGCCCGGCCGGCUUCGCUUCGACUGCGCCGGCUACGAGCACCUGCUGCGGCCGCUGGAGCUGAAGAGCCUGGCAGAGCAGCAGCAGCAGCACCAGCAGCAGCAUGCAGGAGGGCAGGCGGAGGGGGAGGCGCUUCAGACAGCGCUGGGCGUGUUGGAAGGGGGCGCCGCGGCGGCGCCUCUCGCAGUCUCCUUCCCUCCCGCCCCCGCCGCCACCCCCGGUGCCGCCACUACUUCAGCCGACACUACCCCUGCUGGCGCCCCUGCCGCCCUGGCGGCGGCAGCGGCCGGGGUGGGCGGCGGCGGCGGCCUGGCGGCGCAGCUGGCGGCGGCGGCCGCGCCGCGCACCUACCUGUCCGCCGCCACCCUGGUGGUGCUGCCGCCCGUGAUCAUCGACCACUGGCUGCAGCAGAUACGGACGCACGUGGCACCAGGUACGCUGCGCGUGGCCGUGCUGGAUCGGCUGGGCUACAGCCCCAUGCCCUCUGAGCUGGCCUGGAGCUACGACCUGGUCGUCACCACCUUCAACCUGCUCAGCUGUAGCAGCAGCGGCGGCGGCGGUAGCAGCGGCAGUGGAGGCAGUAGCGGCAGCAGCAGCGGCGUGGCGGGCCUGGAGGCUGCGGGUGGAGGAGGGCUGCGCAGCGAGGCAGGGGCGAGCGGCGCCAGCCUGGUGGCUGCGCUGAAGCAGGUCUUGGAGUCGGAGGGCAUCGAUCCCCCUACCUCCCGCACAUUGUGUCGGGCGCUCAGCCACAUGCUAAGCGGGCGCUCUACCAUUUGAGCUACGACCCCAGAAGGUCCGCGGUGCACUGCACACGCUGGAAGGUCCUGCUGAGACUUGAACUCAGGUUAGCAGAUUCAGAGUCUGCUGUCCUAACCACUAGACCACAGGACCACAGGAUGCACUAGCCGAGAAUCGAACUCGGGUCUGGUCCGUACAAGCUGGAUAGAGCGGUGAGCUCAAUCCUAAGUUGGCAAGGACCUAUGCUACCACUAUACCACUAGUGCGGAUGCAUCGCCAUGGGCUCGAACGGAGCGCAGACCGCACAGAAUACACCCUCACGAGGCCGCACAGGACCCAGCUACACAGGGCAAGCGCGGGGGAGCGCGGGGGAGGCGCGCGUGGGCUCGGGGCGGGUGGGGGACACGCAGGGACGCAGCAAACAGGUGGACACGCACGCGGCCAGCUUGCGGUCCUGCGGAUAGCGCUGACAGAGUCAUAGCCGCACGCUACGCUGUGCCACUUACUCAGUUGCACGCUGCUGGCUCCAGAUAUAGUCCUUUGAAGGGCUGAGGGCGUGGUCAACGUCCCCAGGGACACGGACGCGUCAAGCAUGGCAUCACGCACGCGCCGGACUCUCACGCAGGCCGCUCCUCCGCAGCUCGCACGCUGCUGGCGCCUCACUAGAGCAGGAGCACAAAGCUGCGUGCUGCGCAGAGCUGGGCACAGCCGCGUUCUUGCGAGCGGUGUCGGAAAUAUGCAAAAGCCCUAGGUUCGCAUGCGCAAAGCAGAAAUGCGCGCGGCGUAAAGUGGCCGUUGGUUGUGCAGGGCAGUAGUGACGCCUGGUUCUGUAGCAGAAGUUUUAAAGAGGUGUCAGGGACUGGUCGGUGAAACAAGGUUGCGCAUGCGCGAAACCAAAAGCUGACUCGCACGCGCUGCACGCGUAGGCUCUAUGGAGUAUCACAUUGUAAGUUUAUUGGUCA